CCCUAGGAGCUGGACGGGGAACACCGCCCCGCUGGUGACCGAGUCCCGGUGCGCUGGUCCAUGCUGGUCCCCGCCUUUGUUCUCGGGCCGGAGCGGGGACAUGCGCGGCUGAGGAUGGAAGUGGAAGACUCGGGCGGCGUGGUGCUGACCGCCUACCACUCGUACGCUCGCUCCCAGCCGCCCAGCUCCGAGCCACGCUGCGCGCCCAGGGCCACCGCCAGCCACCCGGGCAGCAGAAAAUCUAUUCCUCGCUGCCGAAGAAUUAACAGGAUGCUCUCCAAUGAAUCUCUACAUUCUUCUGCAUUUAGCCGCUCCCACUCACAAGCCUCCAUAGACAGCACCUCCAUGGAGGAUUUCUUGCGGGAAAUAGAAAGCAUUAAAGAGAACAGCAUAGGCAGCAUGGGAGGACAGGAAGAGCAGAUACCAGCUGAGGUCAAACCUGUGGAUGAAGGAGAACUUGAAGCAGAGUGGUUGCAAGACGUGGGUUUAUCAACCCUGAUCUCGGGUGAUGAAGAGGAGGAUGGCAAAGCCUUGCUCUCUACGCUGACUCGAACCCAAGCAGCUGCAGUGAAAAAGAGAUACAAUACUUACACUCAAACCAUGAGAAAAAAGAACAAGCAAUCUGUUCGGGAUGUCAGAGACAUCUUUGGAGUCAGCGAAUCUCCUCCAGGUGAUACCUGUGACAACCAUACUGCUCAGUUGGAUGGAACCCAGGAGGAAAAAGAGCUGCCAGGAGUUAUCAAAACAAGUGGUUCCUUGCCAGAUGAUGCUUCUCUCAACAGUACCACCCUGUCAGAUGGGUCCCAAGAUGAAGAAGGGAGUUUUGCAGUUCCUAGCAGUGGCUCUGUGUCUAUACUUGAGACUAUUCCAGCUCUACCAGUUCAUUCCAACGGAUCUCCAGACCCUGGACAGUCAGUUCAGAAUGCAAUGAGUGAUGACGAUUAUCUGAGAAAAAACAUUCCACCAGAAACUGAAGAGCUGUCCUUUGAAGUAUCUUAUUCAGAAAUGGUUACAGAGGCUCCAAAAAGAAGUAAAUUUAAGAAGUCAGAUUUUAAGAAAGAGGACUAUGCUUUAACUAAAUUUAUUGUCCAGAAAACCAGAUUUGGCCUAACUGAAGCUGGAGAUCUGUCUGCUGAAGACAUGAAGAAAAUCCGCCAUCUCUCUCUCAUUGAACUGACUGCCUUUUUUGAUGCCUUUGGAAUCCAGUUGAAAAGAAACAAAACUGAGAAAGUAAAAGGACGAGACAAUGGUAUUUUUGGCGUUCCACUUACAGUCCUAUUGGACAAUGACCGAAAGAAAGACCCUGGAGUGAAGGUCCCCCUGGUGUUACAAAAAUUUUUUGAGAAAGUUGAGGAAUCGGGCCUGGAAUCUGAAGGAAUUUUUCGACUUUCAGGAUGCACUGCCAAAGUCAAGCAAUACCGUGAAGAACUGGAUGCCAAGUUUAAUGCUGAUAAAUUUAAAUGGGACAGAAUGUGCCAUAGAGAAGCUGCAGUAAUGUUGAAGGCAUUUUUCAGAGAACUACCCACCUCUCUCUUCCCUGUGGAAUAUAUACCUGCCUUCAUCACUCUCAUGGAAAGAGGGCCUCACAUCAAAGUACAGUUUCAAGCUUUACAUCUCAUGGUCAUGGCACUGCCUGAUGCCAACAGGGACACAGCUCAGGCCCUCAUGACAUUCUUCAGUAAAGUGAUUGCCAAUGAAUCAAAAAACCGAAUGAGUAUAUGGAACAUUUCUACUAUAAUGGCACCAAACCUUUUCUUCAGUCGAAGCAAACAUUCUGAUUAUGAAGAAUUACAGUUAGCAAACACUGCAGCCCACAUCAUCCGCCUAAUGCUUAAAUACCAGAAAAUUCUGUGGAAGGUUCCGUCUUUCUUAAUCACGCAAGUGAGAAGAAUGAACGAGGCUACCAUGUUGUUAAAGAAGCAGCUCCCAAGUGUCAAAAAGCUGCUGAGGAGGAAGACCAUAGAACGAGAGGUUAUAAGCCCCAAGACUUCAAAGGUACUGCAAAAAUCACCCUCUUCGAGAAGAAUGUCUGACGUGCCGGAAGGAGUCAUAAGGGUCCAUGCUCCACUUCUCUCUAAGGUGUCCAUGGCCAUUCAGCUCACUAGUCACACCAAGGCCAAAGACAUACUGGCAAAAUUUCAAUAUGAGAACAGUCAUGGUUCAUCAGAAUGCAUUAAGAUUCAGAAUCAACGGUUAUAUGAAAUUGGAGGAAAUAUAGGGCAGCAUUGCUUGGAUCCAGAUGCUUAUAUAUUGGAUGUAUAUCAUGUAAAUCCUCAAGCAGAGUGGGUGAUUAAACCCCAACCAAGUUUUUGA